GUCGGUAGAUACUCACCCAACACAUGCUGGCCGUGCCGCUUCAUGCACAUCGUUUACGACUGGAGAAUACGUCCCUUUUGAGCAUUAAAGAUGCUGAACUGCACUCUGUUGUCCUGCGACUUGUACUUGUGCGAGGACGACGUUGAAUUUGAAUCUGAUGUUUUUCCUGAUACUUGUGGCUUCCCUCGGAGGACCCUGGAGGUGGCUGCCUAGUCUGCAUCGUGGUUGUCUACCAGAAGCUUUUCAUCACUUUUAAUUCAAACUAACUAACUCUUUCUGUUGAGAUUUUGUUUAUUGCGCAGACCCUAGUGGUAGAACAUUCCAUAUUCUGCAUUUAAAGUUCAAUUAAAUUUAAUUCAGUUUAUUUUGAAUAGCCCAAUAUAACAAAUUACAAACUCCCCUCAGAGUGCUUUACAAUCUGUACACAUAUGGCAUCCCUGACCUCUGACCUUUGACCUCACAUCGGAUCAGAACAAUCUCUCAACAAAUAGAAAAAACCCUUUCACUGGGGGACCACGAUCCAGACCUCCAUGAUUCAGACCUCCAUGAUCCAGACCUCCAUGAUCCAGACCUCCACGAUCCAGACCUCCACGAUCCAGACCUCCACGAUCCAGACCUCCAUGAUCCAGACCUCCACGAUCCAGACCUCCAUGAUCCAGACCUCCAUGAUACAGACCUCCAUGAUCCAGACCUCCACGAUCCAGACCUCCACGAUCCAGACCUCCAAGAUCCAGACCUCCCCGAUCCAGACCUCCACGAUCCAGACCUCCAAGAUCCAGACCUCCCCGAUCCAGACCUCCACGAUCCAGACCUCCCCGAUCCAGACCUCCACGAUCCAGACCUCCACGAUCCAGACCUCCACGAUCCAGACCUCCAUGAUCCAGACCUCCACGAUCCAGACCUCCACGAUCCAGACCUCCAUGAUCCAGACCUCCACGAUCCAGACCUCCAAGAUCCAGACCUCCACGAUCCAGACCUCCACGAUCCAGACCUCCAUGAUCCAGACCUCCACGAUCCAGACCUCCACGAUCCAGACCUCCCCGAUCCAGACCUCCACGAUCCAGACCUCCACGAUCCAGACCUCCACGAUCCAGACCUCCAUGAUCCAGACCUCCACGAUCCAGACCUCCAUGAUCCACUCUAUUGCAGAUUCAACUUCAGCUGUUGACCAUAACUCCUCCAAUGUUCCUCUCAGUUGAACCUGAACCUCAUUCUAACUUCUAACCACGUCCUUACAUCUGGUCCUCAUGCUCUACCCAUCGGGACGUACACAUGACCACACACACCUCAUCCACGAGGCCUUUUAUGUUUUAAAUAUAAACAUAAUAAUGAAUGCAACUCGCUGAUUUCCCUUUGCUGUGAUUGGG